AUGAUUUUGAUAUUCUUAUCCAUGCUAUUAUGUUUGUGUGACUCGUACAAAAUACUCGUUAUGAAUCCGAAAUACGCCUAUAGCCACAUGAAUUUCAUGGGUAAAAUAGCCGACACGCUCGUUGAUGCUGGUCAUGACGUGGUCACAUUCCAGCCCAUAGUUGAACCUGCACAUGUUGGGAAUGGAACCACCAGAUCACGGUUAAUCCAAACCGGUCCAUAUGAUGAACUGACAGAAGAGAUGUCUAUGCUCCGCGAUGGAGACCAUAUGAAACCCUUGUGGACAGCCAGUGUGUCUAACCCAAUUGGAGUUAUUGCAUUCGUGCCGAUGCUUUCCAGUAUGUCGGCCAAGACUUUAUCUCAUGUUCUCGACAAUAAAGAGGUUCUACAGCAAUUAAAAGCGGAAAAGUUCGACGUCGCUAUAGCGGAACUGUUUGACUUCAUCGGGGUAGGUGUGCUAGAAGCGAUCGGCCUCAAGAACAUUGUCGGCGCUCACUCGUGCGCUAUCAUGGAAGGCACAUCAUUGGCUUUGGGUGUACCUGUUCUUCCUAGCUUCAUGCCAGCAUCUCUUGGUGUAACGAAUGAUUCUACUGAUAUGUGGACACGUGCCAUGAACCUCUUGUUCACCUAUCUCUCGUGGUACUUCCAAACAGGUAUUGCCAGUGCUGCCGAACGAGUUAUGAGAGAAAAGCUUGGCCCAGCUGUCACCCCAAUAUGGGACACAGUUUCAAAUAUAUCAUGGGUGCUGGUGAAUUCUGAACCACUGAUGGAUUUCGAAAGACCCACGCUGCACAAAGUUGUCGACAUUGGAGGUCUUGGAGUGCACGAGCCGAAACCACUGACUAAAGUUGGUUUUCUUGUCAUAGUUACCUCACCAGUUGAAACCUUAGAGUGCAUGCAAUCUGUGUUCCAGGAAUGGGAUCGCAUUAUGAGCCUCAGAGAACGAACUAUUCUCAUCUCUUUUGGCACAGUAGCCCAAAGCCAGUAUAUGCCUGAAUCAAUGAAGAAAGCCAUCAUUUCUGUCGUAAAAUCAUACCCGACCGUCACGUUUAUUUGGAAGUACGAGGUUCCAGAUGAUGAAAUGUUCAAAGGAAUAGAUAAUCUGAUUCUUUCGGAAUGGACGCCACAAAGCUGUCUACUAGUACAGGAUAUUCAGUUUUCAGCAGAUAAACGUCUAACACUUUUCGUCACACACGGCGGCGCUGGGAGUAUGAUGGAAAGUGCUCUUCGCGCAAAGCCACUUGUUGUCGUUCCCCUAUUUGGCGAUCAAACUAGGAACGCUAAACUUAUUGAGAAGUUUGGUUACGGUAAGUGA